AUGGCUGAAUUUCCUGACUAUCAGUCUACCUUGAAUGGUAUCUUUGAUGGGGUCUCUCCCCUCAAGGAGCGCCUCGAUCCCAUUCGAUUGGCAUCGGACAACAUCGUCCCAAUCUUCAGCCUGCCCCUCUCUCAAAAGGUCUUAGGCCAUGAUGCCUCAGAUGAUGUCCUUGCACAGGUUGCCCAAGGCGAAACAUCUUACACGUCCUUUGUCGCCCAGCAGGCACGCACCGCCCUACAGUCCAACGAUGACCUGCCCACCGAACAAAAGCAGUCCCAACUCCUACACCUCGGACUUGCAGCCUUGUUCAGCUUUCUGCAAUCCAAUGUCACCGGACCUCCCCUCGAUUUCAACUCGGCCGAAGUCUCACUGCCAUCGUCCUUGCGAGCGCAAAUUGCAACCCUCAGAACCGUCCGGGCAAAGAUCAUCCGCGACUUGACUGUUGAUGGAGAGGCUGCAUACAAGCUCACACCCAACCCGGAAUUGUUUGCUAUCGCCAAGGCCCUGUUGAGUGAUGCUUUCAGCGAGGGACCACUCGUGGCCAGGACAGCACGCAUGCGCGUCAACUUCUUGCACCAGAAGAUGCUGUCGGAGGUCACGAGCACCCUGCAGGAUGCGAUCUACAAUGACGUAGAGGUGCUGAACAAGGCCGAGUUGAACGCAGACGAGAGGGGACGGUUCCUCCUGGAAAGGGCCAUUAUCCACACACAUCACGGCUUUGAUAUCAAAGCUCGGGCAGAUAUCGACGAAGCUGCCGAGGUGCGGCAAUUCGAGUUUGCGCUGACCGGCAAGCUCGGCAAGCGCACGAAGUUCCAAAACCGUGAUAUCAGUCAGCUUGUGGUGUUGGCUAAGAGUGCAGAUGAGGCCUCAUUAUCAUCGAAGCCCUCCGGUCCCAAGAAUGUGGACCUAAAUGAUGAUACUCUGCUUGAGGCGAUCUCUUUCACAGAAUCCAAGCCUGAUGAGGAAGACAAGGCAAUCCAGGGCAAGCUAUCGGCCAGCUUGGAUGCCGUUGAUGCCAACAACCAGCCCAUGCUUAACCCUGUGGACUCUGCUCUUCUCUUGGCCCUUGCCUCAGCUAUCACCAACACUGCACCCGAGAACGGUCUUACCCGCGAGGAAACGCACCCAUAUGCUACUCGCGUUCUCGACGGUGGCAGUUCUAACUGGCAAAUUUAUACACAAGGUCUUUUGGUCCGUAGUCGGGUAGAGGGCUACCGUUCUCGUACCGUUGAGCGUGCUGUUCUGCAAAUGCAGGCACUUGUGGAUCAAGUUAUCGCCGACACUGCUACUUCUGAUGCAGCAGCUCAAACGGAAUCAGGCGAACCUACAACCUUCUUGCCACGCCCUGAGCAGUCUGAAUCUGCUCCAGCCGCCGAUCGUCUCGAACACAUUUGGAUUUUGAACUUCUCAACAAGGUGGAACCUUGAGGCCGAGCUGGCCAAGCGCUGGGUUGACCUUGGAGGUCUGCGUACCGCCCUCGAAAUUUACGAGAGAUUGCAUAUGUGGGCCGAGGCCGCACUCUGCUAUGCCGCAACUGAGCGUGAGGGCAAGGCAAAGAGCAUUGUUCGCCGCCAGCUAUACCAGCCUACUGGGCCAGAUGAAGAUGACGAAAAUGAGCAAUUCGAUGGGCCUGAGCGGUCACCAUUGCCGGCAGACGCACCCCGUCUUCUCUGUAUUCUUGGAGAUAUUGACAAGGACGAAAGCUUGUAUGAGCGUGCCUGGGAGGUUUCCGGACAGCGAUACGCUCGUGCUCAGCGUUCCCUAGCUCGCCACUACCUUGCUCUCACGCCACCUGAAUUAGAAAAGGCCGAGGAGGCCUACAAGAAGAGUCUACACGUCAACCGCCUCAACCACGGAGCAUGGUUCGCUCUUGGCUGUGUCCAGCUCGAGCAACAAAAGUGGGAAGAAGCCACCGAUACUUUCACCCGCACCGUCCAAAUCGACGACACAGACGGCGAAGCCUGGUCAAACCUUGCCGCUGCCAUGCUGCGCUCAUCCGCACCAGAGUCAUCCGGCCCAGAGGUUGUCAUUGAUGAAGCCACCGGCGAAGUCUCAACUCAGGACAAUGAGCCCCACAAACGCAAGCGUGAGGCCCUCGCCGCCCUUCAGCGUGCAGCGCAACUCAAAAACACCGACGCCCGUAUUUGGGACAACGUCCUCACAGUCGCAGCCUCCAUCCCACCUCCAUCAACACCCUUCCGUGACCUGAUCACCGCCCAAAGACGGAUCAUCGAGCUCGUCGGUGCAAAGAAGGGUGAGAAGUGUGUUGACGGCCCUAUCCUCGCUAUGCUGGUCGAAUUCCUGGUCUCUGCAUUCCAAUACGAGCGCCUCCUCAUUCACUCCGAAGAUCCCUCCGAGGCCCCCAUCGUUCGCACGGGUACAAUCCCUGGUCAAAUCAUCACCCUCAUUGAUCAAAACGUCAUCCCACUCAUCACUCACUCCUCGGCUCUGUGGCUACUCGUUUCCCGCGUCGAGAUCUGGCGUGAACGUCCCUUCGCUGCAUUUGAAGCUCAUGAGAAGGCCUGGCGUGCUUCUGUCGCCGCUAAUGCACAAGGCGCGUUCCAGAUGGGCGAUGAGAAGCCCUGGUUGGAAGUUGUGCGUGCUACGGAGAGACUUGUCCGAGACGGAUACGCCAAGUACGGACCAAUGGAUCGUGAAGACCAGACUGUUGGAGCAGAUGCCGAAGCCGAGCUCGUCGCUCGCGACUGGCGAUUCAAGGCUCGCAGUGCCGUUCGCGGAAUCAUGGGCAAGGGCAAGGACUUCUGGGAAGACAGCGAGGGCUGGGCUCGUUUGAAGGAGUUGCAGUCUGAGGUUACUGGCAACUGA